AUGCACUUCAUUUCUCUCACAGUAGCCGCUUGUCUUGCAGGCCUUGCAGACUGCGUCGAUAUGUCCAGGUACUCGGCAAGGUCUGGAGUCGAAGGUGGAUUUCAAGCCUACCUGAAGGAACUCUAUAGAUCGGCGGAAGACCCUCAGGCAACGACAGGCUUCACCGACUUCUUCACAUCUGACGGCGUAUUGAAAGUCGUCACUUCGGUCGCAACCGGCGCCAAUGAAAUUGUAGCUCUCAAGCAAAAACUGUUGCCACCAAAAGGCAACAAGCAUUGGAAUCAUCGGCCAAAUGUCACGUCUGUCGAUUCUGAGACAAGUACUCAGAAGACUUACCAUGUACUUGGUGCUAUUGAUACGACGUAUGAUGGUGGGAAUUGCUCGAGGGCAUACUAUACCAGUCUCUUCACCGUGACGAAAGACCGCAAGGGUGUUGCGAAUCUUACACCACAUGCACAAAAUUUGGUCAAAUACGAUGAUGUAACCGUUGAUCCAGGGGUCUCGCCUACUUCCAUAGCGUGUGACUGA